GAAGUUCUUUAAACAAGAAAGAAAGUAUAAUGGAUUUAUUAAAAUACCCAAAUUUAAGAAGAUCUACAUUUCAUCAGUUCUUCAUCUGGUUCAGUACUUCGUUGGUGUACUACGCAUUGACGUGGAGUACGAAUGAGCUGGAGGGAGACCCAUACUGGAAUUUCUUCCUUGCUGGUCUGGUAGAAUUUCCGGCAACUUUGUCGUCCAUGUACAUAGCGAAAUUCUAUGGAAGACGGAAACCUCUGUCCAAUGCUUCUUUCGUGGCAGGCGCCAUCUUGGCAGUUUAUUCGGGAAUGGUCGCUCGGCAAGAUAGCAAAGGGAAGUUGGCGCUCUUCAUGAUGGCCAAAUUCUGCACCGUCAUCUCAUUCACACUCCUUUACGUCUACAGCUCCGAGCUUUUCCCGACGGCCGUCAGGGGCGUUGGUGUCGGAUACUGCUCCACAGCAGCGAGGGUGGGCGCCAUUUUGGCUCCUUUUGUUGCACACAUGGGUGGACAUUCCCAACCACAUCUUUGCUACUGGGCCUAUGGGCUGCUCUGCGCGACUUGCGGUUUGUGCAUUCUGCUACUUCCAGAGACUAGCAACAGAAAGUUGCCCGAUACGCUACUGGAUGGAGAGCAAUUUCACAGAAACGAUGUCAUCAUCAGUUGCAAAACCUUGAGUAAUCCAUAGGAGGCAUGUCUUUUUGAAGACUUGGAGGAGUGAUUGACGCUCAGUUAGGAAGUCGUCUUGUAACUGUUUCAAUAUUAAAAUACUUUACAUUAUUU